UGACUCUAAACCCUAAACCCAAACCCUAGCGCCUCUCGAGAACUCGGGAAAUCGGCAUCGAUACGGAUGGGAAUUCCCGCUUUCUACCGGUGGCUGGUCGAUCGGUACCCCCUCUCGGUGGUGCAGGUCCGCGAAGAAGCUCCCGUGGUCGUCAAUGGCGUCCAGGUUCCAAUCGACUCGAGCAGGCCGAACCCUAACGGCGUCGAGUUCGACAACCUCUAUCUUGAUAUGAACGGCAUCGUCCACCCUUGCUUCCAUCCAGAAGAUCGGCCUCCUCCCAAGUCGUAUGACGAGGUUUACAAGGCAGUGUUCGUGUACAUUGAUCACCUUUUCUCCUUGGUUCGUCCUCGGAAGCUCCUGUACAUGGCAAUCGAUGGAGUAGCUCCCAGAGCGAAGAUGAAUCAGCAACGAGCGAGGCGGUUCAGGGCUGCUAAAGAUAGAGCUGAUGCAGCAGCAGAGGCAGAGAAGCUGAGAGAUGACUUCGAGUCUCAGCCUGAGAAAUUAUGCAAUCCAGAAGAAAUCAACAAAAUGGAUUCAAAUGUCAUCACACCUGGGACUGAGUUCAUGGCUUUGUUGUCGUCUGCCCUUCGGUAUUACAUUUGCUUAAGAAUAAAUAGUGAUCCUGGAUGGCGAGGUAUUAAGGUCAUUCUAUCAGAUGCUAGUGUGCCGGGUGAGGGCGAGCACAAAAUAGCAUCAUAUAUUCGCUCACAGAGGAACCUUCCUGGAUUUGACCCAAAUGCAAGACAUUGUUUGUAUGGUUUGGAUGCUGACUUAAUCAUGCUUGCACUAGCAACACAUGAAAUACAUUUUUCUAUACUAAGAGAGGACGUUCGUGUUGCAAGGCGUACCGAAAGAACUUCAAAAUUUGAAAACAAAAACAAGUCUUCAAGUAAAGAAGGGAAAGUGUGGAAUCAUGAAGUUAACCAUGAGGUGCCAAGAAAAAAGUUCCAGUUUCUCAAUAUAUGGGUACUGAGAGACUACUUGCAACAUGACCUGAAAAUAUUUGGUGCCAAAAUGAAGAUUGACUUGGAGCGCUUGAUUGAUGAUUUUGUUUUCAUAUGUUUGUUUGUUGGAAAUGACUUUCUUCCCCAUGUUCCUUCUCUAGAAAUUUCGGAGGGAGCAAUUGAUCUGCUUAUGACCGUCUACAAAAAGGAGUUUGCUGCAAUGGGUGGUUAUUUAACCAACUCUUUUGAGGUGAACCUGGAACGGGUUGAGCAUUUCCUACAGAUAGUUGGAUCUCAUGAAAGUGCUAUCUUUCGAAAGCGCAUUCAGUUACAGAGGGAAAUGAAUAGUCAUUUGCGAGAUGCUGUGGAGGUCGAACAGAAAAUAGGAUCUAUUUGGAUGAAGAGUUUCGAGAGGUCUGCAAAUUUUCUCGGCAGAAGCAACCCAAAUAGUACAGCAUCUGUAUUGAAGGGGCAGGUACAGCAGGGAGAAGAGGAGUGGAAAGAAGAGUACUAUUCUGAGAAGUUUGAAGUCAAGUCUGAAGAUGAAUGCCAGAAACUCAAGAGACAUGCAGUUGAAAAGUAUGUUGAAGGGAUCUGCUGGGUCAUGCACUACUACUACCAAGGAGUCUGUUCCUGGCAAUGGUUUUAUCCAUAUCACUAUGCUCCAUUUGCUUCAGAUUUUCUUGACUUGAAGGACUUGGAAGUUCAGUUUAAACUUGGAAUCCCAUUCAAGCCAUUUAAUCAACUUAUGGGUGUACUUCCUGCUGCAAGUGCACAUGCACUGCCUUUGCGUUACAGGAAUUUGAUGACUGAUCCAUCUUCUUCGAUAAUUGAUUUUUAUCCAGCAGAUUUUGAGCUUGAUAUGAAUGGUAAGCGUUUCUCCUGGCAGGCAGUAUGUAAACUACCAUUCGUUGACGAAUCCCGCCUUCUUGCGGAAGUAAAAAGAGUAGAAUACACAUUAACGGAUGAUGAAAAGCAAAGGAACAGCUGGAGUAUGGAUAUGCUCUUUGUUCAUUUCUCACAUCCAUUAACAUCAAAGAUUCGCUCCUUUUAUCGGCGGAAGAAGGAUCAUCCAAAACUUCCCAAGACCAAACUCAAAAAAAGAAUAGAUCCCAAAAUCAGUUCUGGGAUGAAUGGAUUCAUUUACAUUUCUGAUAAGACCAUUUUCUCACCGGAAAUUUUUUCACCUAUUGAGGGCAUGACAUUGAUAACAAAGAAUAAGACCAUAUUUGUGUACUAUAAAAUCCCUCCCAUCCAAACACACAUCUCGAAGAUACCAUCUGGAGUCAUCUUACCUAAUAAGUCAAUCAGCAAAAAAGAUGUUCAACCGGCACCAGUACUGUGGCAUGAAAGAUCGAUGUUUAAGAGAAAAAACCUUGAGAGGCCCCUUUCCCAUGCAAUAGCUGGGCAUCGUCUGUCGCAGUUGGCUUGCAGCCUUGUGUCUAAUCAUUACCGUGAAAGGAAGCAAGCAGUUAAUGUAAGAAAACUCGACAAGAAUGCUAUCAAUGGUCAAUGCAAGAUGCAGAAGAUGCUCGAGCAAAGGACCAUCCAUGAGAGCAACGGCAACGGUAAUGUACUUGGGAAAAGGAAACACAGGGGUGGCAGUAGGAGGAAAAAGAAGGUUCAAGUCAUGAGCCAAGAGAGUGGCCAAAACACUAGCAACUUGGGAAAAAGGAAACGUGGAGGCCACGGGCGACAUAAGAGAAAGAGGAAUUAAGCACUGUUUUCAGAGUUGCUGCAUUCUUGUCCCGUUAAUUAGUGGGAAUCUGUCGCAAAGCCGAUGCUGGCACAGAUGUUGGUAUCACAAUGACAGAAAUGGCGGUCAAAUCUCUCACCUUCAGCUUUUAGAGUCUCCGAUCCUUUCCAUUUUUUUAAUUUACAGAUCAGAUGUCACAGAUCAAACCCUUGUUAUUUGUUUUAUUUAAUUUAUUUCGGGCAACAAAACUGCUGCUUCAUUGUGUAUUAAUAGUUGGGUAAUUAGAACUACAGUACGUGAUAAGGAGAGUACGGAAUGGCCUGACCUAAUUGUCAACGUGCAUUUUGGAACGUUUCUCCAUGGGGUGAAUGUGCGGCUUAUUUUGUUUU